UACUCUCGUCCUGUUACGUUCGCGGCCAGUAAACAUCAAGAUUUCGGGUUUCGGGGCCUUCGGGUCUUAGCAGUGUAGUAUGUUGCUUCAGCAAAUAUUGCAGUUGCCAUUUCAGGGCGAGUGAGGCGAAGGUUGAAGUCUUUUUGCGACUGACGUUCGGUUACUCAUUCAUCAGUUAGGCGGAGCCCGAUGUUAUUUUACGACUGGCGUUCGGUUAGUCAUGUAAUGGAGGACCAUCAGGAUCUCUCAGAUUUUAGUUUCUGUCAAGACAUCAGAUGUAAGUAAAAAUGGCCACACAAAUGAACAGUUCAGAAGUUGGAAAUGAUAUUAUUGAUCUUACCACAGAUGACUAUAGUAAAGUCAUUCUUCCAAAAGAACUUGUGAAUCGAGGUGACAGUGAUAUCGGUAAUAUAAAUAAGACUGAAGUUGAUGUUGAAUUCUUAGGAAGCUGUGGCAGAUUUAUACCAGUUAUUACCAUUUCAGAUUCAGAUACUGAGUGUGAUAAAAGUCAUAGUCACUCUACAUCCCAGCAUUCAAGAGUAAUAUCUAACUUAAAUAUUUUAAAUAAUAAAUGUGCCUUAAAUGAAACACGUUCAUAUAUAUUAAAAGCAGGUAGUUCCACUCCUGUUGAAGAUCUGUCAGAGAAACCUAAAGGUCAUGGGAAACUGAAAAGGAAAUCUUGUUCCUCUGAGAAGAUAAAAUCAGAACAAAUGAAAAUUUUGAAAACUGCUGGCAAAGCCCUUGUAUUUAAAAAGCAGUCUAUUGCAGAAACAACAGUGACUAAUGACAAACAAAAGCACAGCAGCACAGAUUCGAAGUACAAUGUGCAAAUGAAACAUAUUAAGAAUGAAAUUCUUACUGAAGCAGAGUGUUCUCAAAAUAAAAUAUUUAACAGGAAGAUAAAAAAUGAACGUGAUAAGGAUGGUUCGAAAGCACAUGUGAAGAAGCCAAAGAUUAAAGUUAAGAUUAUUAUGAAGAAGCCUGUAUCAGGGAUUAACGAAACACAACCAAGAAACACUCCAGUUGAAGAGAGUGUAAAAACAGAAAAGACUGCAAUUCACAAUUUGUUUCGCUUUCUCUCAGAUUCUGUUGCAAGGAAAGAUGUAGACAAUGGAAGUUCUGCAACAAUUAAUCAUGGUAUUCAAACACCUGGUACUCAAAAUGUAGUAGAUAAGAAAUAUUUGGAUUUGAACAAAAAUGUAUGUUUCAAUAAAAGAACAGAUCAAGUGAACAAAAGUGUGACAGAAUCAGCACCAAAAUCUGCUAUAAAAAAAGACAUUAAUGACAUUAAUAAUGCUAUGGAAAACCUGAGCAAAGUGAUGCAAUCAGAUUCUUUGCGCCGACUGGAAGGUAAUGUUGAUGGUGAAGACAAUAAGGGAAUAAGUGAAAUGUCUAAAGAAACCAGUAAUAACAAUGUAAAUGAAAAUAGAAUUGUGUGUUCCCAGUUGGCCAUCUAUGGUGCUAAGCUUCCUACAAAUACCACAGGAAAUGGGAGAAUAGAAUCAGAUUAUAAUGAAGAAAGUCAAGCCUUGCCAUCAGCUUCAACAGCACAUGAACAAAGAGAAACCCCUACAUCAGAGGUUCAGUUAUUGCCAGCCAGAAUGACAAUUACAGAGUGUGGAAACCAGGUGGUUUAUUCUGUUCCAUUGCUGCGACUUCCAGUGCAGAGACAAAUUGUAUAUUUUUCACCUGAUUACAUAGAAAUAUUUAUGAAAAAAGUGAGAGAUGUUUUCAAUGCAGAAAAAUUUCUUCAAGCCAUACCUGAUCCAUUCAGAUACUUCAGGAAAGAAAAAAAUAAUGAAAAUAAGUAUAAUGAUGAAUGUCUUGCAUUAAUGUAUCUUAAAUCAAAAUAUAGGAAAAUUCCAUUUCCUGACAUUGCUUAUUUGUUUGAGAAGAACAAAUGCAACUUGACAUUGACAUGUGAUGAUCUUGAUGUGUGGACAUCAUCGCAGAGAAGAAAAGUCAGAAAAUUUGGUUUGGGUUGCGGGUGUACAAAACCUCAUGAACUCAGUAUGACAUUUGUACAUGAGGUUACAUUUAUUGAAAAUAAGAAAGUGAUAGAGUUCCAUCUUCAAUCAAAACGAAGGAAGAAAGCAACAACUUUUGAAAUAGCAAAACUAAGGGGAGAACUGCGGCACUGUGGACACUGUGGGGUCAGCGAUCUGUUGACUGAGGAUAUGGGGACAUGUAGUGUGUUCCACUUGUUCUGUAAAAUCUGCAUCCAGAAUGCAGUGGAUACCAGACUCAGCAGAUGUGAAAAUCCAUUCUCAUGUCUUUAUAAGGAAUGCCAGUGGCUGUUUAGCAUGGAAGUACUGAAGAAGGCAAUAAAACCUGUUACAUUCUCCUCUCUCCUGCAUAUACGACAUUUGAAGGAGAUGGAAAUGGCUGGUGUAAAGUUACUGGAAACUUGUCCAUACUGUGGCUUUGCUGACAUACCAUCUGAAAAGGACGAAGUAUUCUGCUGUUUGAAUCUUGAUUGUAUGAGGGAGACAUGCAGGCAGUGCAAGGGACCAAACCAUACCCCAUACCCAUGUGUUAUGACAUUGAGGCCACAAGUGGAAAUGCCACGUGUAAUAAGUAACAGUUCUAGGUAUGAUGAAUAUAAGAACCAUCUACAGAGUACAGACACACACCAAAGAAAUUACACUGUGCAACAGCAACCACAGUCACUGAUGCAAUACCCUCAGCAGCCAUUAAUGCAUCAACAGCAGUCAUUUAUGCAUCAGCCUCAGCAGUCAUUGAUUCAUCACCCACAGUCUCCAUCAACUCAGCAUUCGUGGCCCCCAUUCAUGAUACAAGGGCCAGUGAUGCAGUAUCAUCACCCACCACAAUGGCAGUGUUAGACACCAGGGUUGUUAAAGAUUGGGUCCUUCACACAGGUAAGUUCUUGCACAUUCUGCUAAUGCAGGGAUGCAGAUCCAAGGUCUGUUACAAUAUCUAUAUAUUAGAAGUGUCUAUAAAAUAAUACAGCUGUGACAGAAUUGGAACUACAAGCCUUGAGUAUUUAAUUCCUUUCUUACAUGUAGGUAAAAACGCUUAAUAACAGUACUCCAGAAAAUAUUUGAUACUACAGUUAAAAUAUUAUAUCCCAUAGAAAUCUGUCACCCAGAAUUUGUUGAGCCCUUUGUUGAGGAUACGUUUGGAUUUCUUCAGCUUUAAGUAUGCUGAACAGUGAUCUGUGAUGUGCAGGUUUUGUGUACUGAGCAUUUCAAAUGCUGCUGGAAGGUUGAUUAUGUUCCAGUGCCAGAUGGUAUCACAGUGUUACAAUGAAACAAUAAGAGACAAUUCCAACAAAUUUGGAUUUUUCUGUAGAUCACAUAUGAACUGUUGUGGGCCUUGGUUUCUCCAUCACUGUGUUAGUGUCUCAUGUGUUUUCAUAUCUGCUGUGUUAUGCUUAGGUAUAAUCAAAAAGUUUUCUUUGUAAACCAGGGAGGUCUAAAGUAUGGGCUAGGAAGUGUUUGUCCACCAACAUAUAAAUAUAGUGUUUCCCCCCUGAAUUGACUCCCUCAAAUUUAUAUUACUUUUGACAUCUGUGCAAUAAAUGUGUAAUGAAAUGGAAAUGUCAGCAGCAGAAGUAAAAGUUAACUUUGUGAUUAUAUAGUAGAAUGCAGUCCUUAAUAGUGCGAGAAGGAAAUUCGCUCAGGAAAGCUGAACUUCAUAUGGAUGUCAUUUCUAAAUGGCAGGGAAGUUGUUAAAAUCAACUCAUUUUAUGUCAUGCCACAUUUGAGGAUACCACAGAUCCUGUUUAAGUAGAAGUUUCCUAGUCAACAAUAGAGAACAUUAUAAUAUGUUUGAAGUACUGGUGGGAAACAAAAUCAGAAAUCAGGAGUAAGAAGUCAAAAUUUCCAGACUUAAUUCUCUGAUGAAGCAACAUCUCAUGGUUAACUGUUUCUGCUGUUGCUUUUUCCAGUCAUUUAUAAAUCCCAGGUAUGAAUAGUACAAAAGAAACUUUAUUGUGAUUUCAUAUGUCAUUUACAGUUUGUUUUUGUUUAAUGUAUGUAUAGUGUUUGAACUACAGAAGUCCACAAGGAUUUUUUAUAGCCUACAAGGAUGACAUUAACAGAAGUUAAUUUCUGUAGGGAUGUAUGGACUUUACUUUAUAGAUAAAAUAUGUUACUUUUACUUUGCGCUGUCUGUUUUCUGGAAAAUAUGAUGGUACUAAGAAGAAAAAUUCACAGCUUUAAGCUCUCUCCUUCCAUAUAAAAAAAGGUGCGAGUACUGUACAUCAUCAUAAAAAGGGCAUUGUACUUAAUUAUAUUACUUUUAUUUUUCUUUUGGUCUUGAAGUUAGACCAAAGAAAGUCUGUUAUGGACUUUGGAUUGUGUGCAUUUAUUAAUCUCUUCUAAAAUGGUCCAGGUCUUUGUCUUCUGGUAGGUCUUCAGAUGAUUAGCAGCAGCAUAGGAGUUACUUAAGUGUUCCACUGAGCGACAUGCUUCUGAUCAUUAGAUAUGCAUUCUUAUCUACAGGAGGACAAAAUUAAAAUUCGCAAACAUAAAUAAGUUUACUGAUCUAAUCCCUUAAAAUUUAUAAGAAAUAUUCAAGAAGUUGUGUAUGUGUUUCAUCUUUCUGACAUGAUCUAAUCAGUUGUAUUUUUGACUGGGUCAUUGUUGAAUCCUAAAAUAUUGUCAUGUCUUCUGUGAGCAAAUAAGCUGUACCCUGCUUUAUGUCUCAUGAAUUUAAUCUCUGUUUCAAGAAACGUUCAUGCCCCUCAUUGUAAUUCACAGUCACAGUUUAUAAUAUGUUUUCAUUAACGUUUCAAUUCUCAUCUCUAAAUCAUUCAGUUUAUGAAUCUGUUUAAGGCAUUUUUUUAACAAACAGUGGACCUGCUAAAAACUGUUGGUAAAUAUUAUAUCUUCAUAAGAUUUCAUAGUAUGUUUGCAAGUUACUGUGUUUGUUUAUAAGUAUUUAUAGUAAAUUGUAUUUAUUUUCUGUUUAUUUAUUUUAUGUAAGUUAAUUUGUAUCUUAAACUCCAUACUUCUUCCAUAAAUGUACUUCUGUUAUUCCUGGAAUAUAUGCACUUUAACGUAUCUUGUAUAAAAUUGUUUUCCAAUUAAUGCAUUUGGAUCUGCAGCUUGUAACUUACUGUUUGAACUGAACGUUUUCAGGGUCUCUGGUAUAGACUGCAAAUAUUCUGGUUGGAUUUUAAUCUUGUGGUUAUUUGAACUAAUUGCUGUAUGAUUUUCCAGGCAUUAUGGUUAAAAACAGCCAUUUCUUGUUACUAAAUAUGAUCUCAGUCACCAUUUUCUUAACAGUCCACCCACCAAUAUUGAAUGCAGUAAACUGCAUUUGUCACAUAUAACUUAUUAAAACAUUUUAUCAAGUAUUUUUCAAAACACGUCUAGAAUUUGGCCCUGCAAAAAGACGAAUCUUUAACAUCGUAGUCUUUGGAUUAUAACAUCAUAUAUACCAGUGUUUUGGAGAGAUCUGCUGCCUCCAUAUUUAGGGAGGAAGUGAAGGUGGUGGCAGCAGCAGAUUUUUCCAAAAUACUGAUCACCUUGUACAAGACUAAAUGUUAUCAUAUCCCAGAAGACAAAUUUUACUUUGAACCAACAUGAACAUCUUAAAUCUCACGUAGACCAAAAAUGAAAGUUACACCUCAACAGUUAUAAACUUAGCAGUUCGAUUUCAAACAAAAAUAUGAACCCUUUUAUCACAGGCCAUGCACUGUGCAUUUUCUUGGAAAGAAAACAGUAUUUCUUUUCAUCAGAGACCAUGCAUUGUGUGUUUCUCCAGAAGAAUUUCCAGCACUACCUGGAAAAAUGUUUUCUAUCUGCAGUUGGUUGCCACAAUAUGUAUGUGCUCUAUAUGAACUGGUAUGUACCUUAAUGAUAUAUAUUGCAUAUUUUCCAUUAUACAGUAUUUGACAAUAACAAACUCAUAUUGUGCAAAACCAAAGAAUUGAUGUAUGUGAUUUCUUGAGUCAUGGCUUGCAUCAUAUGUUCAGUACUUUAUAUUUUCUCUUUUCCAUUUUAAUGACAAUGGGGCAAGGAAAGAAGUGACUUUUUCAUAUAUGUUUUGUUGCUAUAGAAGUGAUUAAUCAAAAUUAAUGUAAAAUAUGUUACAAGAAUAUGAUCAUUCUGAGAAUUUUGUGUGAAUUUUAUGAUGCAGGUUAUCCAUUUUUGGUGCAAAUACAUUUUCCAUCAAAAUGAUUCAGUGAAUGGUGUUAUAUAAUAAGAUGCCUCUAACAUAUCAGUAUGUGAGGAGCAAAGUGAUAGGUAUGUGGUCAUAUAAGCAAAUUUCCGUCAUGGCAAAGAUAGUCAGAAAAAGAAAUUCAUCUAUAAGAAUGCCAGUAACCAGAAGUGGCAUUGUUUGGAAUAAAUAAGUGAAGAUGUUGCAGUGUGUUGUGUAUAUUCAAGUGAAAACACCACCAUGAGGAUUAAAUGGUAUGUAAGUAUGAAUUAUGUGACUUGGCAUUCUACUGUGGUGGUGGUUGUGUGGCCUACCAACAAGAGACAGCUGCCCAGAUACAAAACUGAGGUCAGUAUGAUGGGUGAGUGUGACUACGAAAUAUUUUUGUGAUACCAUUUCCCUGUCCAUACAUUUCUGAAAGUUGCAUUGUACAGUUAGGGAAAUACACAAAUUUGUGUGAUUAUGUUAAACAAGAAUAAGCUCUCGAAGAAGAGGUAUGAGAUUGCAGUGGCACUACAGAUUAUACAAGCAAAGAUAUUGAGGAUUUGUGGAAGCAGUCCAAUUCCUCACCUUAAAUAUUUAAAAAUUGAAAUAUUUUUAUAAUGCAGUCUGGUAGCAUCAGAAAACAAUUGAUUUAAAUGGUACAGAAGAGGGUUAAUCAUAAUUUUCAUACCAAACUUGUGGAACUGUGCAGCUUAAUAAUCUUCAUGCAUUGAAUACUAUUUGUACAGUAGUUUGCAUGAGAUAUUAGCAUUAGAUGUGCAAAUUUUGCUUAAAACCAUAAGGACAUAUUUUAAAUGACUUCAAGUAUCCAGAUACCAUUUAUUUAUUAUAAGAAGUACUUUUGUCAGCUCUGCAGUCUGAG